AUGGUUUACUUGCAAAAAGAAAAUUACUUUUUGAAAAUUGGUUUGGACUCAUUGAUCUCGCAAUCCAAAACUGUGAAAAAACGCGUCAAAAUUGACAUGAUAAUGCAAACUGAUAGAAUGAGAAUUGAAUCAAAACCAACAACAAUCCAUCAUCAAUUAUCCCUUGUGCCCAAAAAUAAUGGAGUUGAUAGUUCGACGCAAAAUCAUACGAGAGCCAUAAAUAUAUUUCAAAACAGCAGAAUCAGUCACAAUAAAAGUAUAAGCAGUGAUGAUGACUUAAACCGUAUAGAAUCAGCAUCAUCGGAGUCUGAUGAAAACGCCAUAGAAUUGAAAAAUACCUGUAGAAGAUUGAUGGAAAAACCGCCUUUGGUUAAACGCUUGACAAUGGGAUUAUUACGGGCUGCCGAAGAUCGAAGUCCUCUUGUUCAUACAUCGUCAAUGACAACUUCCGUUCCUUAUUCACAAGACGGUUACGUGAACGAAGGAGUUAUUUGUGAUCCAGAGAGAAUUAUUGCAACAACAUUUGGAGAUUCGUGUCGUGAUACGUUGAAUCAAUUUACUACAAACGAGAAUGAAAAAACAAAGGCGGUAACACAGCAAUAUGGUCUAAAUUCUAAUAAUAGCAAGCAAACAGGAGAAAAAAAUGAAUUGGAAUUUAAAAGAAAUUUUCACGAUAUUCAUGUUCAUCAUUACCCUGUUGUACCUAUUCGUAAUGAUAGUUUGAGCCUUUUUGAACAAAAUGAAUUAAAAGGAGCAUCAUGGUUUCAAGCGGGAAUUCCUCGUGAAAUCUCAUUAGAAGUUCUUUCUCGACAGCCGCCAGGUGCUUUUUUGGUUCGCCAAAGCACUACAAAAUUUGGAUGUUUUGCAUUAUCGUUGAGGGUUCCUCCGCCAGCGCCUAAAGUUGCUCAUUAUCUAAUUCUUCGAACUAUUAGAGGAUACAAAAUUAAGGGCUUUACGAAGGAAUUUACUUCGUUAACAGCACUUAUCACACAUCAUUCAGUUAUGCCAGAAUUACUUCCUGUGCCAUUAUCCCUUCCUCGUAACUACAUGAAUGUCAGCAAGCAAAAUGGAGAUUUUGAAUAUGGUGACAUAAGAAAUGUGAUGAAAAAGAGCAAUUAA